AUGUUUCAAGACUAUGAAUGGAACGAAAGUUUAGGAAACUGUACAAGAUGUAAGCCGGGUAUUUAUGGAAUCAAUUGUAACAGAACUUGUUCAUAUCCUCAUUUUGGUUAUGGUUGCCAACAAAUAUGUAACUGUUCUAAAGAAGUAUGUGAUUUUGCAAAAGGUUGUUCAAAGGACGACACAACAAAUGAAGUUUACGCGAAAGAUGGUGUGAGGGACUACAGAGCUACUCCUUUCAACAUCUCGUUUUCAAUUACGAUAGACAAUAUAGGUAAUCCGACUCUUGAUAUAGAAAGACCUAGAGGUGAUGUUUUCCUGGAACGGUUUAGAACCUGGUUUAACACACAUAGCAUGUCCAUAACGAUGAUUUGCAUAGUUGGUUUAGUUUUGAUAGCUUUGCUGAUUAUUUGUAUACGCAAAAUGAUACACAAAAGACAUUCACAAAAGCAUAGUUAUCAAUGUCCAAAUGACAGAUUAUCAGAACCAGUUCAUUAUGAAGUGAUCUCAAAUGUAGUAGUUUAAUACAAUGAAAAGCGCUUUGCUUUUUUUGAAAUCUCAGCAUAAAAAAGUAAAAUUGGUUUAGUGCUAAAGAAUGGACACGGCAAGAGGCAAAAUCGGUCCUGUAACCAACACUAAUAAAAUUUAAUACGAGAUACCUUGACAAUUUGCUGGUUGUAAAACAGUUUGUUUUUUAUGUGAAUAUCUUUAAUUGUUUUCAUUUUAUAGUCCCUCAAACAUAGCGUCGUUUAUAGUAUUCCGAUGACGUUAUGACGUUCGUUCAGAAUUAAUAUUGACAUCAUAAAUGACUUUAAGGAAAACAAUAGUUAUCAUUAUCGGCUUCUUUAUUUAUUU